GCAAGAAAAACGUCUAUUACUAACUCAUCAUUCCAUCAUAUAGCUACCCCUAUUUCCAUCACCUUCAUCAUCUUCUUCUAGCUCUAUCUCCAACCAUCCAUGGCUUCUCAACCUCUUUCCUUCUUCACCAUCUCAUUAAUCUUAUUCCUCACAUCAUGUGCCAAUGGAGUGAACGGAGGAGGACCACAGUUCAGUUACUUGGGACCUUCUGGUCCACAAAAAUGGGGGAAUCUAAGCCCAACAUACUCAGCCUGCUCCAAUGGGAGGUUUCAGUCUCCGGUCAACAUCGUCAGGUCAAAAUGUGUCUCUGGUCGACACCUGAAGCCAUUAGACGUCGAAUACAGUUUGGCUGCCAACGCUACACUUGUUGACAAUCUCUUCAAUGUUGCGAUGAAAUUUGAUGGGAAUGUUGGAGUCUUGAGAUUGAAUGACAAAAACUUCAGUUUCAUACAAAUGCAUUGGCAUUCACCUUCCGAGCAUCAACUUGACGGUGUUCGAUACGAUGCCGAGCUCCAUUUGGUUCACAAGGCCGAUGAUGGUGGCAUAGCUGUUAUCGCGGUUCUCUAUCGGUAUGGUCACCCUGACCCUCUUCUCACUAAGAUACAAUCCAAAUUGGCGCAAUUGAUGAAGGUGGUUCAUCAUAGCUCGUCUCACGAACAACCUCAAGUCCCUCUUGGAACCUUCACCACGAAACAAAUUAGAAAACACACACGCAAGUACUACCGCUACGUCGGAUCUUUUUCAACACCUCCAUGUACCGAAGGCGUUAUUUGGAACAUUCUUGGCAAGGUAAGGUCAAUUUCACGAGAGCAGGUAGAGGCUUUAAAGGCACCAUUGAUUUGGGGAUGCAAGAGCAACUCAAGACCGGUUCAACCAUUGAACGGGAGAAAAAUAGAGAUGUAUGAUAUAUGAAGAUAACAUGAUUGGCUUCUAACCAAAUCUAAGUAUAUGCUAUUAUAGUACAAAAAACUGGCAUAAAUUCGCAGUGGCUCAAGUUUUUGGUAAUAUAUUUGGAAUGUUGCUAGUAA